AAUGUAUAUGGAGAGAAUCAUUGUGUCUCUGGAGUUUAUAUUGUCAAUCCCGCUGUGCAUCUGACGGCAGAACAAACACUACUAAUACUCACAGAACAGAGCGGGACUAGAUUCAACUCCAGGUAGCCAACAUGAAGAAAUCUUUUAGGAGCCUGUUCAGCACCUCUGGGGAUAAAGAUAAUGCCACAUACCAAGGAAUGACCCUUCGAUCUGACAGCAGCCUCCUGCAGGAGGAAGACCCCCAGCUAAUAUUCAAGCUUAUUGCAGAAGGGAAUGUUUGCCGCAUUCGAAGCUUUAUAUUGAAGAAUCAUACAUGUUUGACUGUCAAGGAUGACUCUGAUGCUACUCCUCUCCAUUACGCUGCAAAACAUGCUUUAUUGGAGCUGAUAUUGAUGAUUAUCAAUGAAGGGACAGAAGAAGUGCUCGAUGUAGUGGAUUGCAAAGGAAACUCACCUCUUCACUGGGCUGUGAAUAAAAACAAAUUAGACAGUGUGAAAGUACUCCUGUCAAGGGGAGCUGACCCAAAUCUUCAGAACUUCUACAAACAAUCACCACUGCACUUGGCGAUUCAGUUACAUCAUAACUCCAUUGUUGAGGAAUUGGCCAAUCAUGCUACUACACAAAUUGAUAUUGAAGGUGAUCUUGGGAAUACACCCAUGAUGUUGGCAUGUUAUAAGGAUAAUCACGAAGCUCUGUCGUUACUGAUUAAACGUGGAGCAAAGAUCUGUAAACAAAACAAACUGGGAUAUUACCCUGUACACUUGACAGCUUGUUCUGGGUCUAUAAAAUGCCUAGAACUCAUUUUAAAGAAAGGUCAAGAGGUUGGAUACACCAUUGAAGGCAUGAUUAAUUUCACAGAUAAUGAGAAAAGUAGUCCUCUUCAUAUUGCUGUUCAAAAUGGAGGCUUGGAAAUGGUGAAAGCUUGCAUCGGAUAUGGUGCCAAAAUUGAUCUCAAACAGGUAAACGAUAAUGCAACAGCCCUUCAUUUUGCUUCCACACAAGGAGCAACAGAAAUUGUGAAGUUUAUGAUUUCAUCGUACAAAGGUGAUAAAAAUGUUAUUGAUCUACCUGAUGGCAAUAACGAGACACCACUACACAAGUCUGCAUUGUUUGAUCAUGUUGAACUGGCAGAGUAUCUAUUAUCAAUGGGAGCAAAUAUUGACAGUUUGGAUAACGAGAUGCGAACACCUCUUGUGUUAGCCACAUCUUGUUCUGCCUGGAAUACUGUAAAUUUUCUUCUUGCAAAAGGUGCAGAUGUAAAGCUAACUGAUAAUUAUGGCAGGAAUUUUCUGCAUUUAACAGUUCUACAGUCGGGAGGCCUGAAAAAUAUUAAUAGCGACUUUCUCCAGAUGGAGCAUAUAAAGGCACUAGUAAGUGAUGAAGACUCGGAGGGCUGUACUCCACUUCAUUAUGCAUGCCGACAAGGAGUGCCAAACUCUGUCAACAAUCUACUAGGACUUAACGUAUCUCUUUACUCUAAAAGCAAAAAUAAACAAUCAGCUUUGCAUUUUGCUGCAAGUUAUGGCCGUAUUAACACCUGCCAACGACUUCUGAGGUUUGUGUCAGACGCAAGGCUUCUCAACGACGCUGAAGAAAAGGGCAUGACGCCACUUCAUUUGGCAGCAGAAAGCGGACAUGAAAAGAUAGUUUUCAUGCUUCUGAAAAGAGGUGCCCUGCUUUUAAGUGACUACCGUGGAUGGACAGCCCUACAUUAUGCAGCAGCUGGUGGUUAUACCAGAACUAUGAAAACUAUUUUGGAAACCUCCAUUGGACUUAUCGAUAAAGCAGACAAGGAAAAGAACACAGCUCUCCAUCUAGCUGCACGGGAGGGUCAUGCUAAAGCUGUAGGACUUCUCCUGGAACGUGGAGCAUCUGUCACAUUGAACAUGAAUGGUGCUUCGUUCAUUCAUGAUGCAAUACGCCAUGGAAGAAAGGAUGUUGUUUUUGUUUCAAUCCAGAGUGAGAGGUGGGAAGAAAUUCUGGGCACAUUUUCGAAUGAGUCUGGCUAUGAAUGUCCUAUUCUUGAAAUGGUGACCUAUCUUCCAGAAAGCUUUAAAAAUCUUCUGGACAGAUGCAUGUUUGAGGCGAAUACCGACAAGAAAAGCUACAAUUUUUGUGUUGAAUAUAAUUUCAAAUACCUGCAGUGUCCGCUCAGCUUUAGAAAAGCACAAAAGACGGAUAAGAAAGUACAAUACGAGCCUUUAAUGACAUUAAAUCUCAUGGUGGAGCACAACAGAGUGGAGCUCCUUUCUCAUCCAGUUUGUAAAGAGUAUUUGCUCAUGAAAUGGAUGGCAUAUGGAUUCAUGGCACACCUCUUAAACCUAUCAAUUUAUUCAUUGGGAUUAAUCCCUUUAACUCUUUUGAUACUAAACACCCAGCGACCACAACCUCUCAAUGGUACCGACACUGUACUAAAACCCUUGGAAAUAAAGGAUACUUAUUUCACAAAAGUUUGCAUGGGCAUCGUCUUUAUCAUGAGUAUAUUUGGAAUCAUAAAAGAACUAGUACAGAUUGUUCAACAGAAAGCUAAGUACCUAAUGGACAGCAGUAAUAUCAUAGACUGGGCAAUUCACGUUUCAAGUAUUAUUUUUGUAUCUUCUUUGUGUAAGCCACAUCUUUCCUUGGAUUUUUUCCAUUGGCAAUUUGGUGCAAUUGCAGUAUUUGCAUCAUGGGUUAAUUUUUUGAUUUAUCUUCAAAGGUUUGAGAGCUAUGGAAUUUACAUUGUAAUGUUCUGGGAGAUAUUGAGAACACUGUUGCGAAUUGUUGUUUUGUUCUUUUUUCUACUUUUGGCAUUUGGACUUAGUUUUUAUGUCCUCCUCUAUCCUCAGACAACCUUCAGCACCCCUUACCUUUCACUGAUGCAGGCGUUUACCAUGAUGCUGGGAGAUAUCAACUAUCAAGAUGCUUUUCUUCAGCCUAUGCUUUCAGAGCAAAUUGCAUAUCCGAUCUUUACCUUUGUACAUCUCAUCAUAUUCACUCUACUGAUUCCAAUCCUACUGAUGAAUUUGCUUAUUGGUCUGGCUGUUGGUGAUAUUGCAGAAGUACAACGCAAUGCAGCGCUGAAAAGGAUUGCAAUGCAGGUGAGCCUACAUACAAAUUUAGAGAAGAAGCUUCCAUACUGGUUCGUGAAGCGAGUGGAUCAGAUUACAAUGACUGUGUACCCCAACAGACCAAGAAUCUGGGGAGUUGUUAUCAAUUCACCCAUACUUGGUUAUAUUUUGCGAUGUGAUGGCUUUAAACCCGAAAUGCCAGGGGUUGACCAAACAAUGGAAUUGGAACUUUGGAAGCAAAAAAACAGGCUGAAGGAUGUGUCCACCAUCAUGCAGAAACAGCAUGAACUCAUUAAGCUAAUAAUACAGAAAAUGGAAAUUGUAUCAGAGGCUGAAGAUGAAGAUAAUCAUGAUCUCUUUCAAAGCAAAAGCACAAAGAAACAGAAACUCGACCGCAAAGAAAGCAAAUGGGAUUGUGUGGUAAAAGCUGUAAAAUAUAAAGGUGUUUGAUUUACAGAAGCUACUUGGCAGUGUGUGUGAGCCUUGUAAAAUAUUAAUAUGCUGGGUAACUAAUUGCAUCUCAUCUAUUUUCCUGAUUUUCUUGCAUUACUACAAUAUUCUGCAGAGAAUACACAGCUUUCGUAAAGGGAAAAAUGAUGAAUAUGCCAGUUGCUCUGCUACUGUGAACAUAAAUGUUGUGAAAACAAAUAUAUAUUUGAAAAUUACCCUACCUUGCCAGAAUAUACUGCAGUCACAAGAAGGAUUCUCAGGAUGCUGUGGAAGCCAUGUAGUUCUGGUGCUAGAUCUCACAUCAUGAGUCCUUCCACAAGGCUGCUGCAUAAAAUAAA